AUGACCUCCUCGAAUCCCACCCCAAUCCCCUUAUGGCUGGAUUGCGACCCUGGGCACGACGAUGCGUUUGCGAUCCUCGUUGCCGCCCAUCAUCCGUCCCUGAACCUUCUCGGAAUCACCACGGUCCACGGAAAUGCCUCCUUGGAAAACACCACGGUCAAUGCCACGAGGAUCCUGGAGGCUAUCGGUCGACCAGAGGUGCCCGUCUACCCAGGACAUGCUAAACCUUUCUGUAGACCGGCAAUCCAUGCGCCCAAUAUCCAUGGCGAUUCCGGUAUUGACGGCACGGAACUUCUACCCAAGCCCAGCACAACCCCCGUAACAGACAAGAAUCCCAUCCUGGCGAUGCGCGAUGCUCUGUUGGCGCACCCGAAAGGUACACCCUGGGUUAUCGCAACUGGCGCCCUGACCAACGUCGCAUUGCUGUUUGCAACCUUCCCCGAAGUGGCAGAGCACAUCCAGGGGCUGAGUAUCAUGGGGGGUGGCGUAGGCGAGGGGUUCACCGACGCCCCCAUGAGCCGGGUGAAGGGUCAAGAAGCGCGGAUUGGCAACGUCACUCCUCUGGCGGAGUUCAAUAUCUACUGUGAUCCCGAGGGAUCGCAGUCCAUCUUCUCCAACCCCGUGCUAGCAUCGAAGACGACCCUGAUCACUCUUGACUUAACACAUCAGGUCCUAGCCUCGCCGGCCGUGCAAUCCCGCGUCCUGCACGGCAGUGACGACGCGUCCGCGCCCUCCACUGUCCUCCGCCAAAUGCUCUUCGACCUCCUGGUCUUCUUCGCGUCGACGUACGAGAACGUGUUUGGCUUGAACGACGGUCCUCCCCUGCAUGACCCGCUCGCCGUGGCGGUGAUCUUGUCGACGCUCAACCCGAUCUUCGCGAAGCAACAUCCCGACCAGGCCCUGAAGUUCGAUGACCGCAACGGUGAGCGCUUCGCCGUCAAUGUUAUCACCGACGGGCUCCACGGAAUCGACGUCGCGGUGGUGGGAUCGUUGGGUCGUUCGGUCGUGUCGCCUAUCAUGCAGGGCGUGGCCAUCCCGCGCGGUGUGGAUUUGGAUGCGUUUUGGAAUAUCAUUCUGGAUUGCCUUCGCCGAGCGGACGAGUGUAAUGUGGCGCGGAAGAAGGUAUGA